GCGACGCACGCCUGAGCCUUAGAAACAGCUCGUUUCUAAGGCAACACCGCAUUCACUAGAGACGCUUUUGUACCGCUUUGAAGCAUCGAACUCGUGGCUCAUUCUGCUUCUGGACGCCGUGCAGUACAGACGCAGAAUGGAGGGCUCCUCGAGAGCUGCGAAAGCGGCCGACGUUGGCCGUGGUACCCCGUGUUCUGCGUUGCCCAAGGAUUACCGUGUCAUCUUGCCUCCGUUACCAACAGGUGAAGGACAAAGGCGCGCAGUUGUAUUGCACUGCGACGUCACUGGACGGCCUUAUAGAAUCGACGAAUUCCGGAAGCCCUUGAAGGAUGCUGGAGUAAUUCAGCAAGUAGGUGGAAUUGGUGCAUACCAAAUGUCGCACGUGUGGCUGCUGAACAUGAAGACGGAUGAGGCAAAGCAGACGCUGCCAGACGCCGGACCACUACUGGUGAAGAACCGGCCAUGCCUCGUCAUUGAUCCAGCGAGGCAAGAACCCAGGAUUAAGCUACAUUGGGUCGCGUUCGACGUCACCUCUGAGACCAUUAGACGAGCCUUCCGAGAGUAUGGCGAGAUAAAGGAAGUCAUCAGUGAUCGGUGGAAGGCCGAGGACUUUGAGGGCGCCGAGUCAACGACUCGUCUAGUGCGUCUUCUGCUGCGCGAUGGUGUCACACCAGACCGCAUCCCACAUCAGAUGCGUCUUGGUAGCGGCACUGCGCUAGUGGUUGUGCCUGGACACGCUCCGUUAUGCCUUCGUUGUCACAACACUGGACACAUACGACGUGAAUGCCGAGCGCCCAGGUGUGCUGCUUGCCGAGCGUUCGGGCACGAGCAGGCUAAUUGUACUCGCUCGUACGCCAGAGUUGCAACCGUAGGUGGUGAAGCAGACCGGAGCGAGAUGCUCAUGGACGAGGAGGAAGCGGAGAGCGUGGCUGGGAUGGUGGCGUCUAUCAGCGACGCGGCCGCAGUGGCGGCGUCCACCAGCUCAGCAGGUUCGCAAGAAAACGGGGCUGCAGACGCACGGGCAGCAGACGCCACUCUGGAAGACGCUUCGACAGGAAAGUACGAAGAAGGUUCGGCAGAGCGCCCUUCUGAAACCCACUCCUUAGGAAAGCAGCUGCCACUAAGUGCGUCCGGGAGUGGUGAGAAAACAGCUGAACUCAAGACUGCAGUAAGCGAGGUCGUUGCGACGCUCGAAGACAGUGAUUCGACGGAUGAGGCUGCAAUGGACGCCGAUGCAACAUCUACGAAGCGCCGACUCAGCAAGGCAAGCACGGCUUCCCAAGACACCCGGCUACGAGCAACGGAGAGGCGUGGGACCGAGCCUGGAACCAAAAAGCCUCGUGUGGCCACCAGCGAUCAGCGGUCGGCGUCGCUUACACGAGGCGGCGGCAAGUCGACGCCCUGAGCGUCGACUGGACUGUGUGUUGCUACAAGGCAAGGUCUGUGAAGGGAGCGCCGUAGGCUCGGUCUGGUGUCACUCGCCAAUAUGGAGUCCUUAGAGAGGUCUAUAAAUAUUGCAACACUUAACGUCCGAGGGCUUAGUGCCAAGAGGCGGCAAAACCAACUUUACCGCCUCGUAACGGAGCAUGAUUUUGAUAUUGUAGCCAUUCAGGAGACCAAAGUGGACAGAGAGGAUCAGACAGAGCGUAUGGUGCGUCCUUCCACGAGACGCUAUAACGUGUGUGUUGCCCAUGCGGUGGGGAGGUCGGUCUUCGGGGUGCAUUUUGUUACUUCGGUGGAGUCUUGGUGCUGUAGUGCAGUCGGUGACUACCUGUGAGUCAGGCCGUUUCGUUGUAUCUGACUUUUCCCUGUCAACAGAAAAUUGGCGAGUAAUUUGUCUUUAUGCACCAACUCAGGCUCAAGAGCGAAAGCUUUUUUUUUGAAGAAACGGAGACGUACGUGAAAUGCGAGCGUAGACUAAUCCUGGCGGGAGAUUUCAAUUGUGUCUGUACGGAACGUGACAAAACCAGUGGAAAACACAAUGAUGCAAGUACUGCUGUUUUGAAAGACUUGAUUGCAGAAUUUAAUCUAGAAGACGUGGGUGGAUGUCUUUGUGGUGGAAAAGCGGUCACCUUUACCCCACUUUCAGGGUGCGAGCCAUGCUAGACUUGACAGAGUGUACGUGUCGGCUGAACUAAUUCAGUCGUAUCGAGAUUAUCGAGUCACACCUGUUGCAUUUAGUGAUCAUUGUUUGGUUUCUUUCCGAGUUGGAAAGGAAAAAACAAAUAACAUUUCCUGGGAUUUUCCUGGGAUCUUUGGAAAUUGAAUGCAAACUUGCUGAAAGACGACGUGUUUUGUGAUCAGUUUCUCAAGGCUAUGGAUAAAACAACUCAAAGCUUAGAUAGUUGGGGAGAUAAAUGGGAGGUUUGUAAGCAAACAAUUAAAUUGAAAGCACUUGAAAGGGCCAGUGUUUUAAGUCACGCGAAAAAAGAACUCGAGUCCCGGCUUAGAUUGAAUCUGAAGCAAUUAUUGGAAGCUGAAAGUAUACAACACGGUUAUUUCUUAAAAGACAUAAAAAGCAUAAAGCAAAAACUUGAGCUGAUAGACCAAGAGCGAUACAAUGGAGCAUUGAUUCGAGCCAGAGCUGAAAAAUGGUGCACAGGAGAAAUGCCGACAAAACGUGCCUGGGGAGUCGAAAAGAAAUAUGCUUCCCAAAAUGCAAUAACAGAAAUAGAACAUAAUGGGUUACUGUCUACCAACAAAGAAACAAUAGCAAGUUGUUUUUUGGAAUAUUACAAAGUAUUGUUUUCUCGUUGCCAAGUUGACACUGACAGAUUUAAGAAAGACUUCAUGUCAUUGAUGCCAACAUUAGAUGAUGAAACUAAGGAAGUAUUAGAAGUGCCCAUAACAGUAGAGGAAGUUAAGAAUGCGAUUGACCAUUUAAAUAAUGGCAAAUCACCAGGACCGGAUGGCUUAAGCGCUGCAUUGUACAAGGCGUUUAAGGGUGUUAUCGCGCCUGUUUUGACUGAAGUAUACAACGAGGCUUACGCGAACAAACAUCUACCGCCGUCCUUUUUGUCAGCACACAUGGUCCUAAUACCAAAAACUGAAGACCCAAUUAAAUUACGUAACGUCACAUCGUAUAGGCCGAUUAGCCUGACAAAUAUAGACUAUAAAAUAUUAAUGAAAGUAUUGGCUAACAGGUUGCAGACCGUAAUGAAAGAUUUAGUCGGUCCACAUCAAACGUGCGGAAUAAAAGGAAGGACAAUUAUGACAAAUAUAAACAUAGCGCGAUCAAUCCUUGAAUGCUGUGACGCAAUGCAACUAAGUGUCGCUAUGCUCUAGGUUGACAUUGAGAAGGCAUUCGACCGCGUGCCGCACGAUCUGCUUCUAUGUAUGCUUGAAUAUGUGAAUGUAGGCAAUGUGAUCAGUGAAGGUGUGCGGAUGACUUACGCCGGAUGUACGACGAGAUUGAUAAUAAACAAAUCAGUAGUUGAAUACAUGCCAGUACAGCGCUCGGUCAGACAGGGGUGCCCAUUAUCACCGCUUCUUUUUUGCAUAUAUAUUGAGCCCUUUUGUCCAAGCGUAAUUAGGAACAACGCGAUACGUGGAUUUCAGUUACAUCAAGCCGAGGUAAGCCUUCUUGCUUACGCUGAUGACAGUGCAGUUUUCUGUGUUGACCAUGAAAGUAUAAUGCAUACCGUCAAUGCUGUUAAAAGUUUCUGUCAAGCAAGUGGUAGUGCAGUAAACUGGGACAAGUGCGUUGGGUUCUGGCAUGGGGAAUGGGACGUCGCACCAAGGAUGUUUUUGAACAUUAAAUGGCAAGAAACACCGACAAACUAUUUAGGAGUACCCCUACAGUACUACUCUGACAAUGAGCCUUAUUGGAAAAAAACAA